AUUACGUGAAUAACCCCUCUUCUGUCAUAUUUCCUGCAAUGUUUUAUCAAACGAGUCGGAAGCCAUGGACUUCUACAUAAAUUUGAAGGUCAAUUUUCGUGGUAAUGUAAAGACUUUCCUCCUCUCCGGCUCUGAGACGAAGACCUGGGAGAGCUUGGAGGCCAUGGUGAAGAGGUCCUUUGGUUUGUGCCAUCUGCAGCUGACAUAUUUUGAUGAGGACAAUGAGGAGGUUUCACUCAACAGCCAGCUGGAAUAUGAAGAGGCUCUGAAGAGUGCCAUCAGGCAGGGAAACAGGCUGCAGAUGAACGUCUAUGAGACAAGGAACAACACGUCCAGAGUGCCCGGAUCAGCGCCAAGCCUGGCUCUGGGACCAGUCAAGGCCAGCUGUAUUGCAGAAUCCAAAAAAGGAUUUCGUGCUCCUCAGCACUGUCCGGCCCUGGCGCAGGUUGUGAGCCGCAAAGUCCAGGCGGCUGUUCCUGAGGAGAGCCUGGUGAUCUUAAAUGAACUCAAAGGGACCAAAGUGGAGGAUAAAACACCACCAGCUUGGUUUACAUCUUACAUGGAGAAGUUUAAAGAGCAGGUGGUGAGGGAGGCGGUGGAGAAGAUCUGUCGUGAGUUCUCAGGGCAGUGCUGCAUUCAUAAGCCUGCGGGUGCAGAGGCUCAGGUGUCAGAGGUCACGUCCUCUACUCUUCCAGGAGCCCCCAGCUCUGCUCCAGCCUGCAGCAGCUGCCGUGGCCAGACCUCAGGUGGAGGAUACCAGUGCAGUGUGUGUACAUCCUGCACUCUCUGUGAGCCCUGCAGUUUCUCUCAUGACCCCAGCCACAACCUCGUGAGGGCCCGCACUCCCCUGUCUAUCCCUGAACAUGGGUCUCCUGCUCCAGACUAUAGCAGGUUCUACCGACGGGGGGACCGGAGUUUCCGCAAGGCGGAAAAGCAGCGUCUGAAAGCGGAGAAGCGGCAGCUGAAGGCAGAGGUUAAGGAGAUCCGUAAACAGCUGAGGAUGGAGAGGAGAGGCCUGCAGUGGAGUGCUGCUGAUGACGGCAGCUCCUCUCCGGUCCUAUUGCAGCCACGGCCCACUCAGGCUGCCAACAGCCCCAAUCGUCCAAAGCGUCCUUGCCCUGUUGCGAUUCCAGCCAUGACAGCUGUUUUUCUGGACGAGAACUUGCCUGAUGGGACACGCCUGCGCCCUGGCACCAAGUUCAUCAAAUACUGGAAGAUGAAGAACAGUGGCCGAGUGGGCUGGAGCUCAGAGACCAAGUUAAAGUUCAUGUGGGGAAACCUGGCCGUGAACUCUAGAGAGCGGUGGCGUGAGGUCGCAGUGCCAGCUCUGCAGCCUGGCCAGGUGGGUGUGGUGAGUGUAACCCUCACUGCUCCAGCUGUGGAAGGCUCCUACACCUCUCACUGGCGCCUGGCCCACAGAGGGGAGCAGUUUGGGCCACGUGUCUGGUGCAGCAUUGUGGUAGAUCCUCAGGCUCCUGCCUCCAUCUGUGUGGAUGGGCUGCUUGUCUCACCCUGCAUCACUCCACAAGAGAAAAGUGAUGUGUCCCCAGAGAAUGAAGAGAGAGCUACCAGGAACCACCUCCUCAUGUCAGACAAUCAGACCUGUGAUCAGGAGUUCUACAUUCCCUCUGUUGAUUUACUCACAGCUCAGGACCUGCUGUCCUUUGAACUGCUGGACAUUAACAUAGUUCAGGAGCUGGAGAAUGUUCCAAACAACACUCCAGCAGAUGUCACACCCUGCUCGUCUCCUCUGAUUCACGACAGUUCACGGCAGGAGAAGACCUCUGUCACUCUAAUUCAGGAGGAAGCAGAACUCCAGGGCGUCAGCAGCAUCUUAGGUGUGGCCCAAGGCCUGGAGCUGGCUGUGGUUCAGAGUCCAGAGCUGGGUGUGGCUCAGGGACCAGAGGUGGGCGGAGUUUUGGGUGAGAAUAAAGUGGUUCCAGCACCUGAGUGCUAUGUGUCUGUCAGUGAGAAGGAGGCAGGGAAAGUUGUACUGACAGUGGGACCUGCUGCUGGUUCAGUGCCUGCCCACACAGGCCAGGCAGAGCAGGACCCUGCAGCUGAGGUCCAGGAGAAAAUAAGUCAGCACCUUGUGCAGGAACGAGAGGAAGGGCAGAAAAAGGCAGAGAAAGUGAAGGAGGUGGGUGAGGGAAAGGAGGCACGUAGCCGAACUUCCUCGGCCUCUUCUGAGGAUUACAUUAUUAUCCUGCCGGACUGCUUCGACACCAGCCGUCCUCUGGGUGAGUCCAUGUACAGCUCUGCCCUGUCCCAGGCUGGCGCUGACCUCCGCUGCCCAGAUGAUGAGCCCGCAGAGGCAGUGCAGACUGGGGAGCUCCCUGCAUGUGCAGCAGCAAAUGUCAGCGCUGAUGCUUACAGCAUGCUGUGUGCAUCAGUGACGCUGGGCACCAUUCCCCUCAGCCCAGUGAUCGUGGAUGCACCCCAGCCCUCUCUGCAGUCCAGCACUAAGAUGCACAGACAGACAGAUGCUGAAGGAGAGGUCUCAGACAGGACUCUGCCCUGCCAGUCAGGACAAGAGAAAGAUCAGUCUGAGUUGUCAGAGAUCGGCAGCCCAUCUGUACCUGUUGACCCAGAAUCACGGGACCUCAGAUCUCAAAGCAUUGCUGAUGGUCUUGUGAAAGGAGCGCUGUCUGUCGCAGCAUCUGCUUAUAAAGCUUUGUUCACUGGUCAGACUGGUGCCAACCAGCUUCCUGAGGAUGCAGCCACGCGAGAUGCCAUGAUGGCCGUGCUCAUUGAGAUGGGCUUUGGUGACCAUACACUCAACCAGCGACUGCUAGAGAAACACAACUUCAACCUGCUGGACGUGGUCAGUGAUCUGGUGCAGAUGACGGAAAAUGAAUGGUUUUCCACCCACCACUGAGGGUCAGGUGGACCCCUCUGGGUCCACCUGUGUCCCCGCUCCUCCCAUGUACUCUGUUUGAUAGUUAUCAGUGUGGCCAUGCUGGUAGUGUAGGGUUCAUAUGCUGCAGUAGUCAGUAGGAGAGCUUAAUGCCUGUUGAUGACCUCCUGCUUGUAGUCUGCUGU